GCCGCACUCCCUCCGACUCUGCUCCCAGCUCUGCCGGCGGUGCGUCGUCCUGCCCGACUCGAGAUGCCGGUGUGGGGCGGAGGAAACCAGUGCGGGGCCUGCGGGAGGACCGUGUACCACGCCGAGGAGGUGCAGUGUGACGGGAGAAGCUUCCACCGCUGCUGCUUUCUGUGCAUGGUUUGCAGGAAAAAUUUAGAUAGCACAACGGUGGCAAUCCAUGAUGAAGAGAUCUACUGCAAAUCCUGCUACGGAAAGAAGUACGGGCCAAAAGGCUACGGUUAUGGCCAGGGUGCUGGCACACUCAACAUGGACCGGGGAGAGAGGCUGGGCAUCAAGCCGGAGAGUGUUCAACCUCACAGGCCUACCACAAAUCCAAACACUUCUAAAUUUGCUCAGAAAUAUGGAGGAGCUGAGAAGUGUUCCAGAUGUGGGGAUUCCGUGUACGCUGCCGAGAAGAUCAUAGGAGCAGGGAAGCCCUGGCACAAAAACUGCUUCCGCUGCGCCAAGUGUGGAAAGAGUCUCGAAUCAACAACUCUGACUGAGAAAGAAGGUGAAAUCUAUUGUAAAGGAUGCUAUGCAAAGAACUUUGGACCCAAAGGAUUUGGCUAUGGCCAGGGAGCGGGAGCCCUUGUUCAUGCUCAGUAAAGGUUAAACCCAGAACCAAGAUCACACACUGAGAAUCUCUCCAUAAUCUAGGCACAGAUAAUCUAACACUAAACUACUGUGAAAUUCUACCAGCACUUACGUACUGUAUAUUGCCCUGUACUUGCAUAGGCUGCUGACUUGUAGGAAGAGAGCACUGUAUCCUUUUUGCUUUAUUCAUCAGCAUUUUCAAGAACCAUUUCUUCUACAUUUUAAAUAAAACUUCAGCUUGA